GGAAGAAACCACGACCUCGACCAUCGAUCUGGAAACCCUCUCUUUGUCCCUCUUUUACGGGCUUCCCCGGUCAACGGCGAUGGCGUCGGAGAACGGAAGCAGCUCGACAUCCAUCGAUACCCGUCCAGGGAUUCUCCUCAUCGGGUCGCCGAACGUCGGGAAGCGAACUCUCCUCUCCCGACUGCUUUCAGUUGAUUUUUCAGAUACCUCUGACUUGGCAAGAGGCAUCCUUUGUCAAGGGUGGACAAUUGAAAAUAAAUAUUAUACAGCUGAUGUAGCUAUAUGGACAGCUCAUCUGGAUGAAGGAUUCUCAAUUCAGUCACUUCCAAUUACAAAGCAGCUGGAUGCCCUAGUGAUGGUUUUUGAUAUGACUGAGGAAUCAUCUCUAACUACCCUCCAAGACUGGAUUGCCAAAACAGAUAUUACAAAGUUUGAAAUACUCCUCUGCAUAGGAAACAAAGCAGAUCUUGUGACUGGUCACUCCGCCCAUGCACAGUAUCGAAGGCAAAUGCUGAAGCAUGGAGAAUCCAGUAGUGAUCCACACCCUGAGUACAUGGAUUAUGGUAUCGAUGAAACUGAAGGUUCUAGCUUAUUGGGGCAUGAAGAGCCAUAUCUCGAAACUAGGAAGUUAUGUCUAGAUUGGUGUAUUGAGCAUAACAUAGAAUAUAUUGAGACCUGUGCCUCUAACACUGACUUUGAUAAAUGUCUUUCUGUAGACGGUGAUAUGCAAGGUGUAGACCGGUUGUAUGGAGCUCUUUCUGCUCACAUGUGGCCUGGGAUGAUCCUAAAAUCUGGAAACAAGAUUACACGUCCAUCCCUAGUUGAGAAAGAAGAAUCUACAGACGAGUCAGAUUAUGAAAUUGAGUACGAGGCUUUAUCUCAUGGUUCUGAUGAGGAGUGGGGAAGUUAUAAUGAUGCAGUUAUGUCAAGAGAAUAUGAAACAGAAAAUCAAAACAUGAACAUUUCUGAAAAAUCUGAUACUAACAAUGGAGCAGAAGAGAUUGUCGCAUCGUCAUCAUCAAUUCCCGGCUCUAGUACACCUCUUGAUGUUCCAAAAAAAACCUCAGAACUGGGAAACGGUCCUGAGACAGAAAGUGACUUUGUCGAUGGAGAAAUGUCUACAGAGAAGAUAACAAGUUCCAAAACUGAGCAAGGGGAGCUUGAAUCUGAUGUCUUCCAUGGCUCUGAGUUGGAUGAGGAUGGUCACUACAGUCUCGAUGAUUUAGAAAGGUUAAUGUAUGAGAUUGGUAAUAUGCGCGACAACUUGAGGUUGAUGCCAGAUUUCCAGAGGAGAGAAAUGGCAGCGACACUUGCUAUGAAAAUGGCUGCCAUGUUUGGAGAUGACAGUGACGAUGAAGUUGGGUUAUGAUUUUGCAGGAAGUCCUAAAAUUCUGUUUUUGUUACCUAUUAGUGCAAGAGGAUCUGAGUCCACCCCACUAUUCCUAAUUCCUAAUAUGUGAUCUGAUGAUCCUGCUUUGGCUGUCUCAUGCUUGACGACAGGAAAAGAUAUUCUCCUGCAAUGUUGUGUAUUUAACGCUGUAAGCUUCAAAAUUGACUUGAAGAGACUCAGUUUGGUUGCUUUUGAAUUUGUUUUUGAAUCUCCCGUCAUAAUUGUAUUAAUUCUACCUAUACAGGUUUGAUUUGUUACCAUUUGCCUAUUAUUGUACAUAUAUUACCAUA